UUUCUUCUCUCCAAAGAUAUAUAAUCUACUUCUUUAUAUAUGUACUCACACACACAUACAAGAGUCAUCUAGAUCUUUACUUACACAAUCUAAAAACCUAGUUGUUCUUUAUCAAUAAAACAGAGAAGACCAAGAACAAGGCAUGGCGAGAUCACCAUACUACGGCUCAUCGUACUUAGACUACCUCUCUCUCCCAAACCCACAUCUCUGUUUCUUCUUCAUCGUCGUCUUCUUCGUGUUUUCCCUCACAUGGUACUUGAACUACGAGUCCGUCCUCGAAGACACCCUUGACCAGCUCAAGCUCAUCCUCAUGUUCACCCCUCUCUUCCUUCUCCUCCUCGUCCACUUCUUCUCCGGCGGCCUUUCUUUCUACGUCCCCUGGCCUGAACAAGACUCUAUUCACCGUGCCGGUUCUUCCCCUUGGGGCGUAGCAGCUGUGCUCGUGCUCAUCUUGUUCAUGGUCUCGUACCAGUCAGAUUUCCAGGAGAGGUGGUUCCCUUUUGGGGGUAAGUAGAUCGAUCAAAGUUUAUGACCAGCUUUAGUUAUUCUCUAACUAGAUAUGGGAACAGCCAUGUAAAAUAUCAAAGUACCUGAGUCUUAAUUACGGUAAUAAGAGAUUGUAUGUAUUUUUCUUAAGAUGACAGAUUUUAGUCUGUCAUGUGAACUUUAAUAUGUGUAGGAAUGAAACUUUUUCCGAAUGUCUUAUCAAGAGGUUAUAUAUGUAGAUGAAGUUGUUUCAGCUAGCGUAUGUUGCUCUUCUUUUUGUAAAAGUUCUUUUGGAAAAUGAGAUAGACUCAGAUUUUU